UUUAUUAUUAAUAUUUACAUGGGUUUAAAUGGAGCUGGUCAUUCAAGGGAUUUUUUUUGUAUUUUUUUAUUUUAUUAUUAUUAUUUUUUUUUAAUGAAGAACAGCUAGAAUUGAAUAAAAAUGACCUGUUAAACUAAUAAAAGCCAAAGUUGUGUCAGUACAUCAGAACACAGUGUUGUUAAGGGUUAACGCUCAGCCCAUCACAGCACGUGCACACGUCACGUGACGCGCAGCAUCAUCUCUCGUCAGCGCUUACUUUUCCGCAUCUGUCUCUGGUUGUUGCUUCGCUAACUUUAGCCAUGUUUCCCUCAGUUUUAUCGGUCUGACAUUUCAUGUAGCUGCCGCUCGUGUUGUGUGACGGUCGGACGGACCGCUGUGCUACAUGUUGGUUCUUCUAACGGCCGAACAGCGUCACUUUCCAUUCAGGAACAAGCUGAAGAAGCUAGCUAGCAUCUCGCUGCUAGCUAACAGCUGGUUAGCUUCCAGGAGAAUAACGUCGCUGUGAGGCAACCAACCAGGCACAAAGCUUCUAUGAGCUACGUCUGUUCGCCCCAAUCAGAGGAUGUAUCCGCCUUCCAGAAAGGACUUCAUCUCUCUGACACUCAGUGAUCCGCACAGUCACACUUACAACAACGGCAAACACCGCAGACAGUCCUGCUGGAGGAAAUGGAAGCAGCUGUCUCGGCUCCAGCGAAGCCUCAUCCUGUUCCUGCUGGCUCUGCUGCUCAUAUUUGGACUGCUCUCCUAUCCCAGCAUCGCAGAGCAGUGGAGAGGUUUAUCUGACAAAGAAGACUGGCUGGAGCUGAAUGACAGAGAGAUGAAGGAUAUUCUUCCAGGUGUGGAGUCUGUAUUGGAUGGAGCUGCAGGUAAAGCUCUGCCUCCUGUGGCAGGGCCACAUGUGGGGCCAGCUGUGGAUCCAGAUGUGGGCGCAGAUGUUGUGAUGAAGCCCAGAGGACCAAACAUCCCCAUGUUGGCGAAACCUCCCACUAAGACUAAGAUCUUCUCAAACAAGAGAGGUCCGCCAAGCCUGCAGAAAGAUGGAAAUAUUUCAGAAACAGUCGCUGGGGAAAAGCCAGCGCAAGAGGUGGUUCAAGAAGAAGAGGGAGAGGAGGAGGACAAAGACAAGAAGAUUGUCAGCUGGAGAGGAGCGAUGAUUGAAGCCGACCAGGCCACAGAGCCUCCACCCUCAGCCAAUGUGAAAGAAGCUGCAGCAGCCCCAGCCAACCCUGCUGACACUGUCACAGUGGAAGUUUCGGCUGGAGCCGUGGACAGACUGGAGGCAGUGCGUAAUGCCUUCAGACAUGCUUGGAAAGGCUAUAAGGAGUACGCCUGGGGUCACGACGAGCUCAAGCCCAUCUCCAAGUCUUUUGGCGAGUGGUUCGGACUGGGUUUGACGCUCAUUGAUUCUUUGGACACCAUGUGGAUUUUGGGUCUGAAAGAAGAGUUUGCCGAGGCUAAGGACUGGGUAGAGAAAGAGCUCUCCUUCGACAAGAACGUGGACGUGAAUCUUUUUGAGACAACCAUCCGCGUCCUUGGCGGUCUGCUGAGUACCUACCAUCUCACGGGAGACCAACUUUUCCUAGAAAAAGCUAAAGAUCUUGGGUCCAGGAUGAUGCCCGCCUUCAGAACUCCCUCAAAGAUCCCAUUCUCAGACGUCAACAUCGGGAAGGGAACAGCCCACCCCCCUCGAUGGACGUCUGACAGCACGCUUGCUGAGGUCACGAGCAUUCAGCUGGAAUUCAGAGAGCUGAGCCGCCUCACACAGGACCCACAGUACCAGGACGUUGUGAAUGAAGUAAUGAAGCUGGUCCACAAGCUACCAGGCAAACAAGACGGCCUGGUGCCCAUGUUCAUCAACACCAACAGCGGCCAGUUCACCCACAAAGGCGUCUUCACACUUGGUGCCAGGGCGGACAGCUACUACGAAUACCUGCUCAAACAGUGGAUCCAGGGUGGCAAGACGGAAGACGACCUGUUGGAGGACUACCUGCAGGCCGUGGAGGGAGUGAAGAAACACCUUGUGAAACAUACGGGGCCCAGCAAACUGACCUUUGUUGGAGAGUUGUCCCACAACCGCUUCAACCCUAAAAUGGACCACCUCGUGUGCUUCCUGCCAGGGACCUUGGCGCUGGGGGCCCACAACGGCCUCCCAGGGGACCACAUGGAUCUGGCUGUGCAGCUGACGGAGACGUGUCACCAGAUGUACACACAGAUGGAGACGGGGCUGAGCCCAGAGAUCGUUCACUUCAGCCUGCAGGCCAGUGAUGGGCGCGAUGUCAUUGUCAAGCCUGCAGACAGACACAACCUGCUGAGACCAGAGACUGUGGAAAGUCUUUUCUACAUGUACAGAUUCACCAAGGACACUAAGUACAGAGACUGGGGUUGGGACAUACUGCAGAGCUUCAACAACUACACUAAGGUCCCAGGUGGUGGCUAUACGUCCAUUAACAACGUCCGUGACCCCGUUAACCCCGGGCCCCGGGACAAGAUGGAGAGUUUCUUCCUUGGUGAGACGCUGAAGUACUUGUACCUGCUCUUCUCCGACGACAUGGAGCUGCUCAGUCUAGACAAGUAUGUCUUUAACACAGAGGCCCACGCUCUCCCCAUAUGGCCCUCUCCACCCAAGUGAUGUCACCAUACAGGAGACGUCUGUAAAGAUGAGGCCUCGCAGAGUCCUGUGUGAGUCAGAGACUGUUAUUGCCGCUCAGUCAGGCAAAUCUCUUAAGCAACCGUCCGAGCUGGACUGCUGUGAUGAGCAGCGAAGCAGACCUGUGCCGUCCACCUGUACUUUGAUACGUUUUCAUGUGAAGGAGUUUAUUUAGCUUUCGUUUUUUUUUCCUUUUUCUUUAUUUUUCCUAAGGAAAAGGUUUGUGUUAGAGCUGGUCUCUAAUGUAAAAAAGCUUUUUUAAACUCAGCUCUGACUAGCUAGUGCCAACAGGAGAAGAAAGAAGAUGGAGGGAGGGCUUUAUUACUUGAGUGACUGGGAUAGUUCUUGUAUGUGUGUGGUAACAACAAUCAUGUCCCUGCGUUUACUUUGCCAUGUGAGGUUAAAAUCCUCAUCAGUCCUACAUAUACAGGUGUCAUAGCUUUGAAGGAGCCCACAAAUUCAUUUUAACUCACCGAUGUUUGAAGGUGCAGCAACCAAUGAUGGAAACUUAUGGAGCACGUUCAGCUGCAUUUAUAUUGAAACAGAUUGCCACAGUGGUGGAGUCACAUAUUAUCUGUAAAGUCUUUACUUUGGCAAAGCCCAGUGCACUUGCUCAUGUAUAAAAAGGACAUAAAAGAAGUUAAAGGAGCUGUGUGCGACAUUCAGAGCAUUAACACAGCAGCAAACCAUCAUUUGCUAUGUUAAGAUAUAGAGCAGUAAUGGCGUCCUGAGCAAAGAAUGAAGUCAAGCUUCCUCUGUGUGUGUUGUAAUCUGAACUUCGGUCCAGCUGCACGUGCAUGUUAGUGCAUCUGAGUCCCUUAAGUGUGUCUCAGUCGUGAGCUAGUUGCUGCCACAUUGCACUGUGUUUAUAUGGCAGUUACUGCUGAUAUUGGGUUGGCAUUGUUGCAGAAGCGUAGUGCCUACCGUCUGGUUACCCUCCAUGUUAACAAUGAUAGCUCUGCCAGCACUUUUGAGUUAGCACUUUUAGCUUCUAGCUCAGCCACCUCCACGUUGACUCUGAACUAUAGAUAUGCUCUGAAUGUUGCAUACAGCACCUUUAAGUUCUGCUUUUAAUCCUUUUUCAGACGUCCGUCCCCUGAAUCGUCGCAGUGGGCAGCUACACUACAGUGUCCAGGGACCAAUUUCAGUUCUGAGGCCAGUGCCUUGUUGAAAAGCAAAUGCAGAGUAUUCCUAAUACCUAACAUGCAUGUCUUUAAUUAAAUAAAGACUUUGAGAAAAGUAUUAGGAUGUGUAUGGCGAGGAAGCUUGCCACAACUUGGGGGUACACAGAUACAAUUAUUUAAAACCUUAUUGGUGAUACUGUCGGAUGCAUCUAAGCCUGUUUUUGUUGUAUGAGUAUGAAUUUUAUUUAAGCCACUUUUUUGUUGCUUUCUGAUCAGUCCAACGUGUUGAGCUCAAUGGAUUCCCAUUGCAUGCUUUCCAAAAAUGAAGUUUGUCUUCUUUCAGCUCACCAAAUUAAAACACUAUAGUGGUUAUUAAGAACUGCGAAGCCCCAAAAUGCAUUGCACUUACAGUAACUUAACAUGGAUUUCUUACGGGCACCACUGUUGCAAAUGUAGCAAAGAUUCUGUAGAUACUGAAAGAUAAAAUGUUAUCUACGGUAAAGCUUCCUGCACAGUCACACCUCAUUGUGUUUUUAAGGGCAGUCUGGUUGUUGUUCAUCGAUCUUUUGGUUUAAUGCGGCAGCGACAGAGUAUUCAAUGGGUUUAAAUCAUAUUUAUGUGACCUAAACAUUUGAAAGUAAAAGUAUAUGGAGGUCUAUUGAAUAAUUAAGGCUGUACACAUCUUAUUUUAUAGAUAAAUGUAAACAUUGAUCUCUACGUUUUAAUUUUACAUUCAGUCAUAGAGGAGCACUUGUUAGUGUGUUUACAUGCACUCUUGUUCUUUAUCCUAAUUUGUUUAGUUGUAUAUGAAGGGAUAUAAGUUGAGGCUUCCAUGCGGUCUUAAAGUGGAAACAGACAACUUUUCCCCCUAUGAGUGUUGGCGCUGCUGACACAAAGACAACCAGAUCACUUUCCUAUAAAGCCUAACAACUACCACAGUUUCCUCCGUGACUUUGGUUGUUUCAUUGACCUCCAUUUCCCCUUCUGGGGAUAGUAGCUGCAAAGAACCUACACUGAUACUCUUCGGUAACUGGGGAUAGCUGCUGAUAGCUAUCGGCAAAAACCAAAGCACUAUCCUCUUCCUGUUUUAGUUGCGCAGUGGUUGAGGCACUUAGUUUUCGUGGGAGAUCGCACUCUGUGACAGACAGAAUUGCAUAAAGGAAUGCGCCUAAACACAGAUGGCAUCAUUAUUCUAUAGCCAUUACAUAAAGCAACCAAUGUUUACUUCAUAAUGAUAAGCUAAAGCAAAAAAAAGUCUAUUUCCACUUUAAAUCAGCAGUUGCUGUGAAGUUAGAUCUAAACUCAGUACAUUACCAGUUUGUGUGUCAGGGACAAUAUGCAGCUGCUCAUUCAUCCUCUUCUCACAGACGACUUGUUUAAGAAAUGAAGUAUGUUGAAUUGUUGUCUUCAUACUUGAAAGAGUUUGAUUCAUGUUAUGUAGCGAUCCCUGACCUCCCAUCAAAUGUGAUGCAGAGCAGUGUGGGAGCGCUUGUUUUCCGUACGGCAACGUCGACAAAUCAAUUUGAAGGACACAUCCGGUGCACUGUCGGAGCUGUGUUUUUUUACUAUCACUUUCAGUUCUUGAGUCCGAGAUGGAUUUACGUCUCGGAGCAUUUUUCAGCAGUAAGCGGUUAAUCGGACCAUUGUGUACAAGUUCUAACCAUCACGUUUUGUUAAUGAACUUCUGUCUAACAGAGAGCCAUAUACUGACCCGCAUCAUUGAAUGUGCACUACAUUUGCCAAUGCUCUGCUGUGCCUAUUGAAAUGUAUAUUGUGCUACAGUGGUUUGGUUCUGUUUUUUAUUGCUGCUGUAUCAGUGGUGUUUAUUUGUGAAGUGCUACGGGUGGAAGUUUGAUUGACACUUACUUUUGGAUGAGUGGGUGACAAAACAACAUGGGUGUAAAUACUUUGUGUAAACUGUUUCUAACUUGUGUACUGAAUCCAACCUGUCCGUCCGCUAAUUAUUGAGCCCUUUCUGGUCUUUGCAUCUAGGUCAUCAAGUCCUGUUUCAAGCAGGUCAUUUUUGUGUCUACCCUUCUUUUUACGCUGCCCUUUUUCCUCUUCGUAAUGGUAAAUUUCAUGGCAUUCCGUCCAGAUAUCAGCGACAGUCUAACAUUUAUGGAGACUGAUGUCUGAUAAUUGAGUGAUUAUUUUAGGUUUUUGCAAUCUCUUUUGCUCCACACUGCAAGGAGAAGGCAGGGGGAUUAAAUAUCCUAAUUAGGAAACAUAUUUAAAAGAAGGCUUACUUGAUGUGACAAGGACAUCUGUACUACAACUGGAAAUUGGUUAAUUCACAGUGUUUCAUGGUUUAUUAAACCAGUUUUAAUUCCCGGUGCAUAUAAAAUGAUGAUUAAAUGAGAGAUUUAUUUCAGUACAUUCAUUAAUAUGUUUCUUUAUUAACCUUGAGUGUUAAUGUGACCACAUUCGAACCAGACUUGACCUGUAAAGGAAGAGUUACGGUGCUGCAGUUGUCAUGAGGUCCUAUUAUCUACUGAAGAUGGUUUGUGUGACUUUCACAAAAAAUAUAACUCAAGGUACUUUUAAAAAUUAUCCUACAAUGUAGAAUUGUCAGCAUGUGCAUGGAGUGAAGUCCAUGUCUGAAAGCUGCUACAGGUGCUAAAAAGCAUAAAAGACAGUAAAAAUAAAGCCAUCCCAUCACAAGGUCACAAAUGUGGGCGGGGGAGCCAAACUGAAUCACUCAGUGGAAAACAGCCAUACCUUCUAAAGGAACAUUUUACCUACAAAUUAACCAUUUGUAUAUCAAUUAUUCACCCCAUGUUACGCUGAAUUUGCCAAGAAAAUUUAUUUUUCCGCAUGCCUCCUGUGAACAAUGAUCCAAAAAUGGGCAUAACUCUUGAUGCACGUUUCACAACAGUAAAACUAUAUGAAAACAUCCGUUCACAAACUUUCACACAACUCAUGCUGUGUAAUUCAAGUCUCAUUUAUCUAGUUAAAUGUGUAGUACUUCCCAGAGACAGACAGGCAGCACUCUCCGACAGGGAACUGAAGUAGAAGUGAAACUUAUCUAUGCUCUGCCAGACUCCAUUGACAAAAACAAUAAUUUUACCUCACUGAACACAGGAGCUGCUGGUCUACCACUGGCUUGAGCUGUAGUUUUUAUGGUAUUGUGUGACUUUGUUGUUUUAAAGGGUUUGUUCGGAUUCAGCAAAGUCACACAAUAACUCUAACUAACCGAUUGCAGCAGUGGUAGACCAGAAUCUCCUGCGUUCAGUGAGGUAAAAUUAUUGUUUGUCAAUGAAGUCUGGCUUUAAAGAGAGCAUAGAUAGGUCUCACUUUUACUUAAGUUCCCUGUCGGAAAAGGCUGCCUGUUUGGGAAGUGCUGAGCAAACAGCUGUAUAAAUGAGACCUGAGGCCUGUACUACAAAGCCAGUUCAACUUACCCAGGAUAUCUUCUCAUUAUCUGGCUCGACUAACCCUAACAUUGGCCGUCUGGAGAACGGGUACUACAAAAAUGGUUAUCAACUAGUUCAGUCAGCUCUGGGUUUUCCUAUCCAGCCACGAGCGCAUUCAUGUUAAAGAGGCAGGGGUAUUAAUUACGAGUGACAUCAUCAGAACUAAGAAUGAAAUAGGCUGCUUCAUAUCAUAUAAGAUGAAACGGUACCGAAAGUGUCUGGGACUGCAAGACAGUAAAAUGUCAGUGGCGUGGGAACAGAAAAUCUAGAAGUAUUGAAAACACUAUCCAAAAAUUCACCAUCAGCCAGGACUUAAAUUACGUGCAGGUGUCACUGAGCUAUAGGUGACAUAAGUAUAGAGUAUUUUUUGCUGUUCAGUUGGAUGAUGAUGAUGAAUAUGUCACAUAAGACAAUUUAAAGACUGUUUCUGCUGUCAAAGUAAAGGGUGGAAAAGUAGUUAAUGACGGAUGCGGUCUACCUGACGGAAAUGUUGCAUUUAUAAUAACGAGCCAAAGAGCCAAUUAAUAGUGUGUGGGUUAUUUUACUUAUAAAAUAUCAUCUGUUUUAUGCUAGUUCUCAUCAUACAGGUGUCUCAUGUUAUUUUGAGCUGCAGUGAUGGAAUCAGAGUGUAAAAGUAGCAGCUCUGUUACUGUGGACUGAAGUAAACUCUGCAUAAGUUGAAAUCCUGCUAAAGUCAUGUGUUCUGUGUUGAGCCCUGGAACAGUGAAAUGAUCCUACUGACCUAUAACAAUAUAUAGCCUCCUCUUUUUUACCCUAGACUCUAGACAUUUGUCCAUGGAUACUUUUUCCUCAGUGAUCUCAUUGGUCAGAGGUCGAGGUGUUGACAGGCUGUCAUCCAAUACUCUGAUGGUAACUUGCUUGGGGCAGGUUGGCUGUUCAGCAUGAAUUGCCAUGGUAAUUUAUCCUGGUAAAAAGAGAACUAGCUUUGUAGUGCUGAAAACCCUGAGAUAACCCUGAAGCUAACUUCAAAUCCUGCUUCGUAGUACAGGCCUCCAGAUUGUCUUGCGUGAGUUGUGUGUGAGUUUGUUUUUAAAUGGUCCCCCAUGACUUCAGUUCAUCAACAAUUUUCUUAGUUUUUGGAUUCUUCGUUCACUAAAAGGCAUGCUUGAAAAACAAAGUUUUUCUUCACAGAUUCAAUAUGGCAUGCAGUGAGGCACUCAGCCCCAAUGUCAGUGGUUCAAUACAAAACUAAAAUAUGAUCUCCUGAAACAGCUGGGUUACUCAAACAGGAGAAAAUAGCAGAUUUGAUGGGAACUAUUUUCAGUGUCUGAUUAAUACAGUUUGUUCUCUAGCGAGUGUUUACGGCAGCAAGAUGGUGUGUGUGUGAGAUUGACUCAAGAUAAACUAGUGUGUUCGUAAUAAUGAAGGAAUGUGUCACCCAGUGAAACAGUGCGGCUCACUGAGGUGUUUUUUAUAGUUUCUGGACAACAGUGGAGCUCAGUUUCUCCCUUGACCUUUAUUUGUUUUAUUCUGCGUUUGAAUUGAAAAGGCCUCAUAAACCUGGGCGCCGUGCCAUGUUGUGUAUCCACAGAGAGAUCUGGAGCCUGUCAAGUCAGAGUACAAAACUCAUCAGAUAAAAGACUCCACUUCAUUCAGUAAUACAACUGUAGACAUGAAGACGCAGCAGGUGUCAGGGUCUUCACACUGAUAGAUACUUGGCUCUCUCUGUAUAAUUGCCUCUUUUAUCUUAGCAGAAAUCAGCCUUUAUGUCAGAUAUUCAUGAUCGCUGUUUUGUGUUACGACGCUGAUGGUAACAGAAAAGAUAAAAGACAAGAAAUGACUCAUUUAGCUCAACGGUGAGCUCCCACAGAAGCUAUUUAAAUUCUGCCUUGUUUCAUUUUAAUUAUUUUUCUCCAGUGAUUCUUCCACAUUAAGGAAAUUGGGCAGUCUUGUCCCUUUUUUAAAAAAUAUGUAUAAUUAUAAAAGAUUCUUAAGGUUGUAUUUGCAAAAUCCUGUCCAGAAUUUUAAGGUUUAUAAAACAUGAGGAUGCAGGAUUUUAAUGUACAGAAUUUGUUUUUUGGUACGAGGCAUUUUCUUCUAAUCGACUCUCUCUUACAUAAUUGGCCAAAUCCUACUUGUGAUGGUUAUGAUGAUAAUUAUUAAUAAUGUGAUUACUAUUGAUUCCAAGCCAUAGCAAAAUGACAGCGUGACUAUUUUACAUAGAUGUCGGCAAGACAACAUCAGUGUAGUUCAUCGGCUUCUUGCCUGCAGAGGUUCCCUGUGUCAGGGGCCAAAGACAUGGAUCAGUGUUGUUUUUGCUGGUUCAAUCAAUUAAUUGAUUCAUGCUAGUAAAGAAAAAAAAAUCUUGACAGUAAUCACUUGAGCCAGUGUGUUAGCCUGCGAGUCGAUUCCUCAUCUGCAUAUUUUGAAGACAUGCUGACAUGCAAAGUAUUUAUUUUAAUUCAGGUGAUUAUUCAUUUUCCUCCUUUUUCUUAUACAAACUAAUGAGUUCGGUUUUCAGAGCUGACAGUUUCACAUGGUUUGCACUUUUCAAGGUUCUUUGUCUGUCUUUUUAUCCGCCAUUUAUCAAAUCCACGUCCACUGUACAGAUGAUUGAUUGAGCACUUUGUAACUGGAGUUGUGGCUUAUUGCAAUGUUCACCCGAUUCAAACUUUUUUCCUGCCAACUAAAUUUUUAAAUAAAGCUUUUCA